AUGCCCGGCGACAAGUAUUUCGGCAAGGACGAUGUGACGAUUGGAAUGGGUCAUGGAACAUGCUGUAACAGACCCUUCAAGGAACUAGGCAGAUGCAUCGAACUCAUGAAUUUUGGGGGCUCCAUCCCUGGGCCUGAAAGCUCGUGCGCAGAGGAUUGGGACUAUUAUUACUCCUGCCGGGUAAACAUGGGCAUCACCGCUGAUGGCCAGAAGUGGAUGGCCUGUUACCACGUGGCAGUGCCUGAUAACAGCUUUACCGUCACGCAGGGAGAUGUGGAUACUAUGCAGCAUCUAACAUCAGCAUUUGCGUCUCAGAGGAGCAAUGUAUGGUGUCCUGAUGACAUAGAAGGAUGUCCGUUAGGUCAAGGUCUGGUUGCAGGUGCAAAGCAGAAUUGGGGCGAUUUCGAGAAAUUCAGCAAGCAAUGCGUUGAAACGAUGCAGGAGGCGGAAGCAUCUCUAUUGGAUAUAGAUGUUCAGAUGACAGGGCCGCGGCGAUUCAUGGAGAUUUGGGCUUGUCAUGAUAGCUGGAGGAAAAGUGAACAGCUUUACCUUUCCCUCAAAGAUACCUUUGCAGACAAAAUUCCCAGCGAGAUCGAGAAGAUCAAAACACUAAGAAAGGGCUAUGGCUCGAAAGUAGUUGGCGAAGUGACUCUGGAUCAGGUCUACGGAGGCGCUCGAGGCAUCAAGUCCCUCGUCUGGGAAGGCUCGGUCCUUGAUUCAGAAGAGGGUAUCAGGUUUCGGGGCAAGACCAUCCCAGAAUGCCAGGAGCUACUACCAAAAGCGCCAGGAGGAGCUGAGCCACUCCCAGAAGGCCUUUUUUGGCUCCUUUUGACCGGUGACAUCCCAAGCGUAGAGCAAGUACGACAACUGUCAGCGGAAUGGGCUGCCAGAGCAGAAGUUCCAGGCUUUGUGAAAGAGAUCAUCGAUCGUUUGCCAAAUACGCUUCACCCAAUGGCCCAGUUUUCCGCCGCUGUAACAGCCCUCGAGCAUGAGUCUGCAUUCGCCAAGGCCUAUGCUAAAGGGAUGAAUAAGUCAGAGUACUGGGCUCACACUUUUGAGGACUCAAUGGAUGUGAUUGCUAAACUGCCCUCAAUUGCGGCUCUGAUUUACCGUAACGUAUACAAAGAUGGCAAGGUUGCCCCCGUACAAAAAGACCAAGACUAUUCGUUCAACUUUGCCAACCAGCUGGGCUUUGCUGAGAACAAGGAUUUCCUCGAACUCAUGCGUCUAUAUCUGACAAUUCACACCGACCAUGAAGGCGGAAAUGUCAGCGCUCACACUACACAUCUUGUUGGCAGUGCUCUCAGCUCUCCUAUGCUCUCACUUGCUGCUGGUCUCAAUGGGUUGGCAGGUCCAUUGCACGGCUUGGCUAACCAAGAAGUGCUCAAUUGGCUUCAGAAAAUGAAGAAAUCUGUUGGCAGUGAUCUGAGUGACAAAAGCAUCACAGACUAUCUCUGGUCUACGCUCAAGUCUGGCCAAGUGGUACCAGGUUACGGCCACGCUGUCCUACGCAAGACUGAUCCACGCUACAUGGCACAACGCGAUUUCGCCCUCAAGCACCUACCAGAUGACCCAAUGUUCAAAUUGGUCAGUCAAGUGUACAACAUUGCGCCUGGCGUCCUGACGGAACAUGGGAAGACGAAGAACCCAUUUCCCAACGUUGAUGCUCAUUCUGGUGUUCUCCUGCAGUACUACGGCUUGACAGAGGCUAGCUUCUACACAGUGCUGUUUGGUGUCUCACGUGCCAUCGGUGUGCUGCCUCAAUUGAUCAUUGAUCGCGCGGUAGGCGCCCCUAUCGAGAGACCAAAAUCAUUCAGCACGGAAGCUUGGGCCAAGUUGGUUGGUGCUACGUUAUGA